GAGAUUCUCAUUGGAGGCAAAGAGAAAGAACAUCGCUAUACACGCUGAAACCAUCUUUGUUGCACUGCUGCACUCUGGACUCCACAUCCUAGUGUUUUAAGUAGCUUUGGAGGAGAACAAUCUGUAACAAGACUGGCAUGAUGUCCUCAAAAUUGAAGUGGCUGAUUGUGAUCCAGCUCUUGCUGAAUGAACAGGCUUUGUGUAGGGUCCCUCCUCCUCUGGCACUUAGAAACACUCCUCUUCCAGAAGCAGAUUUCAAUGAGGCGGGAGAGGAGACAGCCAAACAGGAACAUCCAUCUCUCCUUGAAUCCCAACUUGAUGUCCCAUCUGCAAACAAACCUGAACCUGUAUUAGGGGUCGAACAAAAAGAGGAGAGAGUUCGAUCUGCCCAAAAUAUAACAUCCGUGCUCAGGGCAAAGCUCGCGGGGAAGAUUCAAGAUCAUCUCCACAUCCAGGGGAAGGUAAGCUGUGAAGAGCUGCUGUCUGCCAGCACUGUGGACGACCCAUCAUCCUCUAUGUUCCCCCAGGAGCUCCUGGGGCUUUCUUUAGUGCCCGUGUUGUUGGUGGCAGGCUGCCCUCAGGAGGCACACACCUUGGUGCUCAAGCUGUACGACCUUUUAGGAGUGGCUGACGCGGAGGAGCUCCUGAUGGAGGUAGAGGGUCUGAUGGAGAGGAGGAUGAGCAAGUCCACGCCUGCACCGGCAUAUGAGAGGGAUGAAGCAGGGCGCCACAUAGAGGCUGUGAUGUUUAACAUCCAGCAGCUGGCCACGGUGGGGGAAGAUUCCUCCAAGCAGGAGGAUCAUUGUGAGGGUUGGAGCAGGGUGAGGGGCACCAUGCUGGCAGGAGCAGCAGUGGAAGGAGCCACAGGUGAUCUACAGGAGGCCGUGAGCUCCUGCGAGAGGCUGGGGGUCCUGUGUGCCGGUGUGACCAGCAGUGGACUCAAACCUGGGAAGUACCUGGCAGUGUUUAAGAAAGGCAGUCGUGUCCUGCCCUCUGAAUCCACAGUGUCUGAGUGUUGGAUCCGUCAGUGCAGCACAGAUGAGGAUGUUUGGACCUCUGCUGCUUCAGGUGGACGUCUGAAACGCAGCCCCAGAAGCUGCAUCAACAAAAGCGAGCAGCGCGUGUACAACGUGGUGGAGUGGAUCCCUGCGGUCAGCACCCUCUACAAUCUGGGCACAGCUGUGUACUACGCCUCGGUCAACUGCUCUGCAACCGCCAAGGAGAGAGCCAUCCUCAGCGCCGUGGACCUCGGCACCGACGCUCUCAUGGUGGCCACGGGGGGGACGGCGGGGGUGGCAGGUUACGCUCUGGGGGCAGGGAUGAAGACCGGUGUGAAAGCUGGCGUCAAGUAUCUGCUCAACUCCAUGAAGAAGGAGGAUGAUGUGCUGGUGAACCAGUUCAGCUGGGAGGACGGUGUCAUCACCAUCCAGUAGACUGGGGAUCAAUAAAUUAAGCUGAAACGCUUGAG